AAAAUGACAGUUUUAUUCACAAUCUAUGUCAUUUUUAGCCGUUACCAACACACGACACAAUUGCGCUCCGGAUCAUGAAGGGGAAGCGGAGACCGACGACGAGCUUUUCGCUGGGCGCGCUAGCCACAUCGGCAGCUCAAGUGCUGGCGCCCAACAGCUUGCAGUUCAAUGAGCACGAGUUCCAACGAUCGCCCAAGGAGGCGCAGGACGCGGCGCGAGAGGCAGCCAAGCUAGUGAAGCCAGGUACCUGCAGCUGCGGUAGAUGCGGAAUAGUGACUGCUAGGUGGGUACUGAGAUUGAUUGACGCAGGCGACUUGAUCUUCAUCACCACGAGCGGCCUGGUCUACUCGGUUGGGAGAUAUUUAACCGAGAACGCGUACGAUCAUGUGGUGAUUGUGCUGGAUCAAAACACUGUGCUUCAUGUGGGGAUGCCAUCUGUCAAGUUGAUGCCGUUGGAGCGGCUGCUUCUGCCUCAACGACAACCUGUGGUGCUGCGCGUCCCAAUGUCGGAAGGGGAGUUACAACUAUUUCUUCGCUGUGCUAAGCAGUUGAUCGGUUGCAAGUAUGAUGUUGCGAGGGCGUACCAAUUAAUGUUGCGACUAGCUCUGAAGCGCGUGACUGGAUCUACACCGCUCCCGCGAUUGCCCCUUGACGUCAAAAGCAACGCCUGGAUCUGCAGCGAUUCUAUCAUUGUAUUGUUGGCAGGCUGCUGCAAGGGAUUUCGAGAAGCUUUGGUGAAGGCGAGGCAAGAGACUGAUCUAGACAUCUUCACGCUUGGCAGUGCGUCCAUGACUGACUUUGAACGGAUUCGGCGCAUCGAGCCGAGCAUUAUUUCGCGUGUACCAUUGCCUGUUGUUAACUACACUCUCGCGCCACGCAAACGGUCAUGGCGGGCAUACGUUCCAGAGGUGGUUCGGUUCGCACAAAGCAUGCAGGCUGGGACGUUGAAAUGGCCUCUGCUAGCACCCGAGAUCUUCCCCACAGUGCACGAGUUCGCUGCCAGCAUUCCCCCAACGUCGUGGCCCGUAAAGCGCAAGAUUCAAGUGCUAGGUUACGUGAUCGUGUUCCUCCUGAUGCUUCGACGUGGACUCACUGUAAAGCGAGUACUGUUGCGCGCCGUUGAAGUGCUUAUGUUGCGGUACGUGGCGCACCACGUCAUGCUGCACUUGCAGUCGUCCCCCGCUUUCGGCACUGCUAGACUAUAGAUUUACCCAAAAAAUGUCGAUAAUAGAUCCGAUUAUCCCUA